AUGCAGGAGGUGAUGGAUUCCAAGCGACGGAGCUGGAUGGUUAGCGCCGUGCUCACCGCUGUCGUCGUGACCACCAUGCUCAUCCUGGGUGGGCGCAACGUUGGAUCGCCGGGGGUGUGGACUGCAGUAGCCAGCUUCCGCCAAGGUUCCUUGCAUCCGACGGCCGCGCACCACGAUAGGCUGCACAACGGCCUAUUCAUCGACAGCUUCGACGAGGAAUCCUGCCACAGCAGGUACCAAUCCGCCAUGUACCGCGGGAACCCCGGGAGGCGACCCUCCGCGUACCUCAUCUCCAAGCUGCGACGGCACGAGGCUCUCCAACGACGGUGCGGCCCAGGCACCGCCGCCUACAGCAACGCCCUGGAGCAGCUCAAGUCAGGCAAGAGGAACGCGUCACCGGAGUGCGCGUACAUCGUCUCCAUUUCCUACAGCGGCCUCGGGAACCGGAUCCUCGCCGCCGCGUCGGCGUUCCUGUACGCGGUGCUAACCCACCGCGUCCUCCUCGUCGACCCCAGCAACGAGAUGGACGACCUCUUCUGCGAGCCAUUCCCCGACACGACGUGGCUGCUGCCGCGGGGCUUCCCGAUGACGAACUACACCAGCUUCGGCGUGGACACCGCCGAGAGCUACGGGAACAUGGUGAGGAACAAGGUGAUCGGGAGCAGCGGCGUCGCCGCCGAUGCUUCGACGGCGCGACUGCCUGCGUUCGCGUACGUCCAUCUCCACAACGACGCCACCGUCGAGGACAACUACUUCUUCUGCGACGACGACCAGAGGCUGCUCCGGCGCAUUCAGUGGCUGGCGAUGAGGACGGACAGCUACAUCGUGCCGGGGCUGUUUCUUGUGCAGGCGUUCCAGGACGAGCUCGACCUGAUGUUCCCGGAGCGCGACGCUGUGUUCCACCACAUCGGCCGGUACCUGUUCCACCCGAACAACCACGUCUGGGGCCUCGUCACGCGCUACUACGACGCCUACCUCGCGGCGGCGCAGCAGCGAGUUGGCAUCCAGGUGCGUGUCUUCGGCGUCCAGCCGAACUCGCCGGAGCUGCUGGAGCAGAUCACCUCGUGCACGCAGAAGCAGAAGCUGCUCCCGGAGGUGCUCGCCACGGGAGCGCCGACGACGUCGCCAGCGUCCCGUGCCAGGUCCAAAGCCGUUCUCGUCACCUCGCUCAAGUCAUGGUACUACGAGAAACUGAAGAGCAUGUACUGGGAGCACGCGGCGGUCACCGGCGAGGCGGUGAGCGUGCACCAGCCGAGCCACGAGGAGUACCAGCGCUCCGGGGCCAGGUCGCACGAGCACAAGGCGUGGGCCGAGAUAUACCUACUGAGCUUGACUGAUGUGCUGGUGACCACCGGCAUGUCGACGUUCGGUUACGUGGCGCAGGGGCUCGGCGGCGUGCGGCCGUGGGUGCUGUACAAGUCUACCAACAGCUCUGUCGUGCCCGAUCCGCCGUGCGGCUGGGACGUGUCCAUGGAGCCGUGCUUCCACAAACCACCGAGCUAUGAUUGCCGGCUGAAGCAGUGGGCGGCGGACAUCUCAAAGGAUGUGCCGUACAUCCAGCACUGUGAUGACUUGAGCUGGGGGCUGAAACUUGUUGGUCGGAACAAAUAG